UCUUUGGAGAAGAAAACCCUUAAGAUGGCAGGCAAAGGAAGUAACACAGACUGCAUGUCAUGCAGUGUACUGAAUUGGGAGCAGGUCAGCCGUCUGCAUGAGGUUCUUACAGAGGUGGUUCCAAUCCAUGGACGAGGUAACUUCCCAACACUGAAGAUAACUCUGAAGGACAUUGUUCAGACUGUUCGGAGUAGGCUGAGUGAAGCAGGCAUUGUGGUGCACGAUGUCCGUCUGAAUGGCUCUGCAGCUGGCCACGUCCUGGUGAAGGAUAAUGGUCUGGGAUGCAAAGACCUGGAUCUCAUUUUUCAAGUUUCUCUUCCAAGUGAGGCAAAGUUUCAGUUAGUUCGAGAUGUGGUGUUGCGAUCCCUCUUGAAUUUCUUGCCAGAAGGAGUAAGCAAGCUAAAAAUCAGUCCGGUCACACUGAAGGAAGCCUACAUCCAGAAGCUAGUCAAAGUGUACACAGAGUCUGACCGCUGGAGCUUGAUAUCACUUUCCAACAAACAUGGCAGGAACGUGGAGCUGAAGUUUGUAGACUGUAUACGGCGACAGUUUGAGUUCAGCGUGGACUCCUUCCAAAUCAUACUGGACUCCCUGCUCUUUUACUAUGACUACUCAGAAACCCCUAUGUCAGAGCACUUCCAUCCAACUGUGAUCGGGGAGAGCAUGUAUGGAGACUUUGAAGCAGCUUUUGAUCACCUCCAGAACAAGCUGAUAGCUACCAAAAAUCCUGAAGAGAUCCGAGGUGGUGGGCUUCUGAAGUAUAGUAACCUCUUAGUACGAGACUUCAGGCCCAUGGAUAAGGAUAGGAUCAAAACGUUAGAGCGCUACAUGUGCUCCCGAUUCUUUAUAGACUUCCCAGACAUCCUGGAUCAGCAGCGCAAGCUAGAGACCUACCUCCAGAACCACUUCUCCAAAGAAGAGAGGAGCAAAUACGACUACCUCAUGAUUUUGCGCAGAGUGGUGAAUGAGAGCACCGUCUGUCUCAUGGGACAUGAGCGAAGGCAAACUCUCAACUUGAUUUCUCUGCUAGCCCUCAAAGUGCUGGCAGAACAAAACAUCAUUCCUAAUGCCACUAAUGUUACCUGUUACUACCAGCCAGCACCUUAUGUUAGUGAUGUAAACUUCAGCAACUACUAUCUUGCAAAUGCUCCUGUGCCGUACAGUCAGUCCUACCCAACUUGGUUGCCUUGCAACUGAUCGUUUCACUUGAGUGUUCCUGAGUGGAGGCUAGUGAAGGCCACGAUGCUGAGUGUAGAUAUAGACAAGCAAUAACUGUCAGUUGGACGUUUUCUAAUGGAAACAUGACUGCAUUGGACUGUCCAUUUCCUGAUGUACACUAGGAAUGUGCAACCAGGUGACAAGCUAUGAACCUUUCAAUAUAUCUCUACAAAUGCCAAGAAGCCUUAUUACCUCUUCAUUAGGAGAAGAGAAACAGCAGCCAAAUAUUAAGAGGAGUAGUUAUAAGACUCUGUACUAGUCCUGGAAGUGGCUAUUAACGUGUGAUCCAAGUGGACUGUUCAAUAAACUGGGUUAGUUGAUAAAGACUGUAAAAUGUCUUGAGAGAAGCAGAAGCUACUCCUGGAAUAGCAGCAAAACUCUGCUUUCUAUUGCCUAACCUCACUACUCUACACUUCCUCAGUUCAAGUUCUGGCCAACUUUCUAUUGAACUAAUUGUGCAAGAGUGGGCUAGUGUCACACUUGGGCUACUUCUGCCUUCUGGCUGUGUGGAACUGGUAA